GGGGAUUUUUUCUUAUUGGGGGGGUGGGGGGAGGUUGUUAAAAAAUAAAUAUAAGGGCGGCCAUCUUUGUUUCUCUGCCUUGUAGUGUAAAAUAUUCUAAAACGCCCCCCACUUUUUGUGAGUCGAUUUGAAUAUUACAUAAAUAUCAUAAUUCGGAAGGGAUACACUUUUAGAUCUCGCGGAACUGGGUCACCGACGGGAAUAUAAUGUCCUCUCUUCUCCGUUCUUGUGAGGAAGAUGAGGGCACGGCGGUUAAUUCCGAGGGAGGAGAUUUUGAUGAAGAAGAAGACGACGGAGACCUGGACGCAAGCGACAUAAACUCGCCGGCGGCGCCUAGAGAAACUGCAGCGAGAGCCGCGCCAGAUGAUGGAGACGAUGUCUGUGGCAUAUCAGACAGGGACAGUCUGGGAAAAAAGAAACGAGGCCCCAAGAAAAAGAAAGAAACAAAGAAGAAAGACAAAGAGAAGGAAGGCAAGAUGGCCAAAGCGAGAAAGCGCAAAAAAAUUGAGAGUGACAUAGAAAGAGACUCAGAGGUUGACUAUGGCGUGAACUCUGACAGUGCUGCCAGCGAUUAUGGAGGAGAGAAGAAAAAGAAGAAGAAACACAAGGACAAAAAAGAGAAGAAAACCAAGAAAAAGAAGAAGGACGAUGAGGACAGCACACAUGAAGAGACCACAAAGCCAAUAGAGCUGAAGACAUCGGCCCAGCUGGCUAAAGAAUGGGGUCUAGAAAAUGUUGAUCACACAUUCACAGAGGAGGAUUAUAGAACACUAACCAACUACAAAGCCUUCAGCCAGUUCAUGAGACCGAUGAUUGCUAAGAAGAACCCUAAAAUCCCCAUGUCUAAGAUGAUGACCAUUCUGGGGGCCAAAUGGCGGGAGUUUAGCUCUAAUAACCCAUUUAAAGGUUCGGCAGCAGCCGUCGCUGCCGCUGCUGCUGCCGCCGCCGCAGCCGUUGCAGAGCAGGUCUCCGCAGCAAUAGCAUCCCCUGAACCUCCUCCUCAGCCACCACCACUUCGCAAGGCCAAGACCAAAGAGGGAAAAGGCCCUGGCUUCAAAAAACGCAGUAAAAGUCCUCGUGUCUCCGACAAGAAGAAGCCCAAACCUAAGAAAAUGGCUCCUCUCCGCAUCAAACUGGGCGCAUUGGGCAACAAGAGGAAGAAGAGCAGCUCGAGCGAGGAGGUGGACGAUGACGAUUCUGAACAGGAGAACUCCAGCGUUCACAGUUCCUCAGUGCGCUCUGACAGCUCGGGACGGGUGAAGAAGAACAAGAGGGGUCGUCCUGCCAAGAAGAAGAAAAAAGUGCUAGGAGAUGAGGAUGCUGAUGGCUAUGAGACGGACCAUCAGGACUACUGCGAGGUAUGUCAGCAGGGAGGGGAGAUCAUUCUGUGUGACACCUGUCCUCGAGCGUACCACCUGGUGUGCCUGGAGCCUGAGCUGGAAAAAGCCCCCGAGGGCAAGUGGAGCUGUCCUCACUGUGAGAAAGAAGGGAUCCAGUGGGAGGCAAAGGAGGAAGACUUUGAGGACUUUGAGGAGGAAUGUGAUGAUGUCAGAGAUGUGGAGGUGGGGCUGGGUGGAGAGGAAGAGGAGGAUGAUCACAUGGAGUUCUGUCGCGUUUGUAAAGAUGGAGGAGAGCUCCUGUGCUGUGACUCCUGUCCGUCGUCCUAUCACAUUCACUGCCUUAACCCGCCACUGCCGGAAAUCCCUAAUGGAGAGUGGUUGUGUCCACGCUGCACUUGUCCAACAAUCAAAGGACGAGUGCAAAAAAUUCUCCACUGGCAAUGGGGUGAACCCCCACCUCCAGUUCCUGUCCCACCACCCCCAGACGCACCACCUGAUGCCCCGCCCCCUCCACCUAUGACGGGCCGUCCAGAAAGAGAGUUUUUCGUAAAGCUAGCAGGACAGUCUUAUUGGCACUGUACCUGGAUUACAGAGCUACAGCUCGAGAUCUUUCACUCUGUGAUGUUCCGGAACUAUCAGAGGAAAACAGACAUGGAUGAGCCGCCCAGUCUAGACUAUGGCUCUGGAGGAGAGGAGGAUUCUGGGAAGAGUGAGAAGCGGAGGGCCAAAGACCCUCAAUAUGCCAUCCUGGAAGAGAAAUAUUAUCGCUAUGGAAUCAAACCUGAAUGGAUGAUGGUGCACAGAAUAAUCAAUCACAGCGUGGAUAAAAAGGGGAACUACCACUAUCUAGUUAAAUGGAGAGAUCUGACCUAUGACCAGUGCACUUGGGAGAGAGACGAUCUGGACAUCCCUGAAUUUGGUGCAUACAAAGCUGCUUACUGGAGACACAGGGAGGAAGUGAUGAAGGAAGACCCAGAAAAACAGAGGAAGAUGAGGAGGAGAGAGGAGAAUGAUGAAGCUCCAGGCACACCAGUUAAUGAUCCGACUAUUAAAUAUGAGGAGCAGCCAGACUUUGUGACAGAAACAGGAGGAACGCUGCACCUGUAUCAGCUGGAGGGUCUGAACUGGCUACGCUUUUCCUGGGCUCAAGGCACAGACACCAUCCUGGCUGAUGAAAUGGGUUUGGGCAAGACCAUCCAGACCAUCGUCUUUCUCUAUUCACUGUUUAAAGAGGGUCACACCAAAGGGCCGUUCCUGGUGAGCGCACCGCUCUCCACAAUCAUUAACUGGGAGAGGGAGUUUGAGAUGUGGGCUCCUGACUUUUACGUGGUUACCUACACUGGAGACAAAGAUAGUCGAGCCAUCAUCCGUGAGAACGAGUUCAGCUUUGAUGACACUGCGGUGAAGGGAGGAAAGAAGGCCUUCAAAUUACGGAGAGAAGCUCCCAUUAAGUUCCAUGUGUUGCUGACAUCAUAUGAGCUGGUAACCAUAGACCAGAAUGUUCUCAAGUCCAUCGACUGGGCCUGUCUGGUGGUGGAUGAAGCUCACCGCCUCAAAAACAACCAGUCCAAGUUUUUCAGGAGGCUAAAUGAUUACAAGAUUGACCAUAAACUGCUGCUGACAGGAACUCCACUGCAGAACAACCUGGAGGAGCUUUUCCACCUGCUUAACUUCCUCACGCCCAACCGUUUCAAUAAUCUCGAGGGUUUUCUAGAGGAGUUUGCUGACAUCUCUAAAGAGGACCAGAUUAAGAAACUGCACGACCUGCUUGGACCACACAUGCUGCGGAGACUCAAAGCUGACGUGUUUAAGAACAUGCCAGCCAAAACUGAGCUGAUCGUACGAGUUGAGCUCAGCCCCAUGCAAAAAAAAUACUACAAAUUUAUCCUGACGCGCAACUUUGAGGCGCUAAACUCAAAGGGAGGAGGGAACCAGGUGUCUCUGCUCAACAUAAUGAUGGACCUGAAGAAGUGCUGCAACCAUCCCUACCUCUUCCCCGUCGCCUCUGCCGAAGCUCCUAAGACACCAAGCGGAGCUUAUGAAGGGGUCGUUCUCACAAAGUCUUCUGGGAAACUCAUGCUGCUGCAGAAAAUGCUCAGAAAACUGAAAGAACAGGGUCACCGAGUGCUCGUGUUCUCUCAGAUGACCAAGAUGUUGGAUUUGCUGGAGGAUUUCCUGGAUUAUGAGGGUUAUAAAUAUGAGCGAAUUGAUGGAGGCGUUACUGGAGCUCUGCGACAGGAAGCCAUAGACAGAUUCAAUGCUCCGGGGGCGUGUCAGUUUUGUUUUCUUCUCUCAACGCGAGCAGGUGGUCUGGGCAUCAAUUUAGCAACUGCAGACACAGUUAUCAUCUUUGACUCUGACUGGAAUCCUCACAACGACAUUCAGGCCUUCAGUCGGGCUCAUCGCAUAGGUCAGGCCAAUAAGGUGAUGAUCUACCGCUUUGUGACUCGAGCGUCUGUUGAGGAAAGAAUCACUCAAGUGGCAAAGAGAAAGAUGAUGCUUACGCACUUAGUAGUGCGGCCCGGUCUGGGCUCGAAAGCAGGAUCCAUGUCCAAACAAGAGCUGGACGACAUUCUCAAGUUUGGCACUGAGGAACUUUUCAAAGAUGAGAUUGAAGCAGGGGACAAUAAGGAUGAAGACAGCAGUGUAAUUCACUAUGACAACGCUGCCAUCGAGCGCCUGUUGGACCGCAGCCAGGAUGCCACGGAUGACUCUGACAUGCAGAACAUGAACGAGUAUCUGAGCUCCUUCAAAGUGGCUCAGUACACCGUCAGAGAAGAUGACAAGAUUGAAGAGAUCGAGAGAGAGAUCAUUAAGCAAGAGGAGAAUGUGGAUCCAGAUUACUGGGAGAAGCUCUUGAGGCAUCACUACGAACAGCAGCAGGAAGAUCUGGCUCGAAAUCUUGGCAAAGGAAAGAGAGUCCGCAAGCAGGUUAACUACAAUGACGCAGCCCAGGAGGACCAAGAGUGGCAUGCUGACAUUUCAGAUAACCAAUCAGAAUACUCUGUUGGCUCGGAGGAGGAAGACGAGGACUUUGAUGAGAGACCUGAGGGUCGCAGACAGUCUCGCAGGCAGCUCAGGAACGAGAAGGAUAAACCGCUGCCCCCCCUGUUGGCCAGGGUGGGUGGCAACAUCGAGGUGUUGGGCUUUAAUAUGCGUCAGAGGAAGGCCUUCCUGAAUGCUGUGAUGAGGUGGGGGAUGCCAGCUCAAGAUGCCUUCUCCUGCCAGUGGCUCGUGCGAGACCUCCGCGGCAAGAGCGAGAAAGAAUUCAAGGCGUAUGUGUCGCUCUUCAUGAGGCACCUUUGUGAGCCGGUGUCCGACGGUUCGGAAACAUUUGCUGACGGCGUUCCACGGGAGGGGCUUUGCAGGCAGCCGGUCCUCACGCGUAUAGGGGUCAUGUCUCUGGUUAAGAAGAAGGUACAAGAGUUUGAACACAUUAACGGGAAAUGGAGCAUGCCUGAACUAAAGCCAGAGGUUACUGUGGACUCCAAGAAAUCUUCAAGAGCCUCUUCACCUGUCAUGAAGACAGACACUCCCACACCUGAACCAAGCUGUAACAACACACCCUGCACUUCCAAACCAGCCACUCCCUCUCCAUCUGACAAGAGCGGCAAAGAGGGCGAGAAAGACGAUGGUGAGUCGCACUCAGAAGCAGAGAAAGAGAGAGAGAAAGAGGGGAAGGAGGGAGAGAGUGCAGAAAGCACAGAACAUGGAGAGACCACCUUGAAAGAAGGUGAGAAGGAUCCUGCAUCCAGUGAAAAAUCCCAAACAUCCGAAAGUCCAACGGCAGCUACUGACGACUCCAAAACGAAAGACAACUCCGACCUCCCUCCAUGUUCUCCAAAAGAAAAGAGCGAGAAAGACAAACGAGAGGAGAGCUCUGAGAAGGAGACCUCCCUUGAGAAAACAAAGGGAUAUUCCUCAUCUGAUUCCCCAUCCGUUAAAGAUGAGAACAGAGAGGCUGUGAGAGGAGAGAAGGGAGAGAAAAGAGAGAAGACCGGUGAAGAGAGGGACAAGAGAGAUGAGACACCUCCCACAGAAACAACAGAAAAGAAAGAGAGAUCAGAUAGUCAAUCUUCUGAUGUCAAAAAAGAGGAGGUGAAGGGUGAAAAAGAUGCUGAAAGAGCAAAAGAGGUCAGAGGUCAAAAGGAGGAGGUACCCAAAGGGAACGGCAAAUCCACAGAGCGUCCACGGUUCAUGUUCAACAUCGCAGAUGGAGGCUUCACAGAGCUGCACACUCUUUGGCAGAACGAAGAGCGGGCGGCCAUUUCAUCAGGCAAGCUCAUCGAGAUCUGGCACCGGCGACAUGAUUUCUGGCUGCUGGCAGGCAUUGUGUGCCAUGGUUACGCACGCUGGCAGGAUAUUCAGAAUGAUCCGCAGUUUGCCAUCAUAAAUGAACCUUUCAAGACUCAAGCCAACAAAGGAAACUUCUUAGAGAUGAAGAACAAAUUCCUUGCAAGGAGGUUUAAGUUGCUGGAGCAGGCCCUGGUGAUAGAGGAGCAGUUACGUCGGGCUGCGUACCUCAACAUGACCCAGGACCCCACUCACCCGGCCAUGGCCCUGAACGCUCGUUUCACUGAGGUGGAAUGUCUGGCCGAGUCCCACCAGCACCUCAGCAAGGAGUCGCUUGCUGGAAACAAACCUGCCAAUGCUGUCUUGCAUAAGGUUCUUAACCAGCUAGAGGAGCUAUUGAGUGACAUGAAGGCGGAUGUAAUGCGGCUUCCAGCUACACUCUCCAGAGUCCCACCAAUCACAGCCCGACUGCAGAUGUCAGAGAGAAGCAUCCUCAGCAGACUGGCCAACAAGGGCAACGAGACACACACGCCUCCGGUUAUUCCUCCGGGCCCCUAUGCCACACCACAGAAUUUUGGCUCCCCCUUUACACCUUCAGCUCUUACACUGGCUGGGUCCAACUACAGCCAGAUGCCUCCCGGCUCCUUCAUAUCAGAAGCUCCGUCCUGCCUGAAGACCAAGGAACAUGAUGUGCUGCAGCGCCAGAGGGUGAUAGACCUGUGGAAGGACGGCAAGUCGGAAGGGUCAAUUGGUCUGGAGCUCUGCAUGCCUAAAUCCACCGUGCACAGCAUCAUCGUCAAGUAUCGCCUCAGCAACACUGUGGAGAACCUCCCACGCAACGGUCGGCCCAAAAAACCUUGACUGAAGUAGUGACGGAUGGAGAUUUAAGAUCAGAGAGAAAUAAAGAGAUGGAUUGUAGAAUGUGAGGGACAGUUUUUAAAAGGGAAAAACUAAGAGCCUGACAAAGUGGGAAUGCGCUAGAGAGAAGGGGAAGGUAAAGUUAAAGGGGUACAGGAGGGUGGGAAUUUCUGAAGAUAUCAUAGAAUAAGGUAGCGAAGACGGAGAGAGACAAAUACCGAAGGGAAUAGACAGAAGGGAUCCGGAAUAGGGGAAAGUGAGUGGGCGAUUACUAGGAAGAAUAAAGAUUAUGUACUCUUUAAAUGACGAAUCUCAUGUAAACGACAGUAGACCGAUAGUGACAGUAGAAAUUGACCCAAAAUGUCCUGCGAAGCCGAUUGGACAGUCAGAAAGCAGCAGAGUCGACAAAAACACAGACCUCUUUUUUCACACACAACUUUUUUCCCCUUUCUACCUCUCUUCCAUUCUCACACUCUGUCUCUCUCCCCUUGCCCCCACCGCUCUCCCUCUUUCAUCUCUCGGUCCCAGAGAAAUCCCAGCAGAUUCAUUUUUCAUUUGGCCGGAGUGCUCGUUUAAGUGCCCGAAAACCUCCCUCCCUAAUUCCACUGCAAAUCAAUCUCUGCAUCCUUUUAUAUCUCGCUUUUUUAUCAUUCACUUUCUCCCAAACAAAAACGCAUAGCCGCAGAAGAGGCCUGCAGCUUCUCACAACACCAGAACUGAAGAAUUCCAAAGACUGAAGUUUUCCAAAAUACCACAAGAUUGUUUUCAAGCAUUAAACCCCCUGACCCAAUCAAAACGCUUUUGGAACUGAAGCAAACUGGAGUGCAGCUAUCUUGGCAUUUGUUUUCUUUUCUUGGAUACACUAGACCUCUUGGAAAUUCUCCCGGUUUUACCAUCUCCAACCGUGGACUCUGUGUUCCUAAAUAAGGACUCAAGAAAUCGUACAAGGCCAGUACGGUGGCACGAAACCAUAAGUUUCCAAGUCAGUGGAAAAGUCAUGAGUUUCACAUUCUGGCGCUCCAUAUUCACGAAGCGUGUCGUUCCGGAGGCUGAAACUCCAUCUUUUACAACCUGUUCUGAGGUCGCUCAGAAAAGACUUUCUAAUGGAAUGUGAAUUCUUCAUCACUUCAGCUCAUGCAAUACCAGCCGUUGAUUUUUGCAGCUGACUGGAGAUCAGUUUCUUGGUCUUCCCAAUAAAAGGAGUGCAUGCGCUGGCUCUGGGUCAGUGCAUGAGACCUGCACACACACAAACUAUUCAACCAGACCAAAUUCCUGUGCUGAAGCCAGAUUUAAUCCCCAGUAGGACAUACAGUACAUACAGUACAUGACUGUUGAGGACUCUCUGUAUUCAACAAAAAUGCACAAAUACACCCACAUACAGACACAUAGUCAAGACCCACUUGCCCCAAAAUAACGAAUCCGCCUACAUUCUCACAUGGCUCCAAAGUUUAUAUGACUUUGUUUUUUCUACAGUACACAAAAGGAGAUCUUUAAUGAAUAUACUGUAGGGUGGACGUAACACAAUGGUGUUACAUUAUAACUAUGUCUUAAUAAAGCCCAUAAGAAAGAAAAAUCACAGGUGAGAUGUCUAACAAAUCAGUUAUUUCUCCUAGACAUCAAGGACAUUAAAUGGAGAAGUCUCAGAUAUUUUUCUCAGAUGAGAAAAUGUCAACAAUGUCACAACUGAGCUCAGAUUUGCCAAGUCUGAAAUCAAGUCUCAAUAUGAAGAUUUCAAUAUGAACUUCUCAUCGAAUUUACCCAAAUCCAGAUUAUUUUACCUCUAUAAUAUGCUUUCAUUUCAAAGUUCCAUACUCUCCAUGUAUUUUAACAGUCAAUAGUCUCAUUUGUCCUUAUUUCUCUUAAGCAGUUUUAGGAGUCCAAGUUGAUAAAAUGAAACACAACUUAGAAAUCUGUCACAUCUAUGAGCAAUAACAUUCUCCUCUGGGAACGCCUAAGAAUGUCAGCAUAUAGGUAUUGCAUCUUGGUCAUCAUUUUCUUCAUGUACUCCCUUUGGUUUUUGUUAAAUACAGUCUAAUAUUUAGCAGUUUUACAGAUCAGCAUGACACCUUAUGACAUCACCUGUGCUGUUUACACUACAUUUGAUGUGCAGCAACAUUCACUACAGAAAACGUAUGUCAAUGGAGGUGUGAUGGUGUCUAAUUCAACAGUGAAAUUGCUCAAAUUUCUGUGCUUUGAAAAUUAUCAUGGAGCCACACAUACUAUACUGAUGCUCUUGGGUGCUUAGUCAAGCAAUAAAGUCCCAGUGAAAUAAAAAAUUACAAUUCCUAUUUUUUCAUGAAAUAUUACAGUGUUGUUUAUUGUCAAUAGCUUACCAAUGUAGGUCAUUCUCUUUUAAAAAUAUAUGUGGCUUCAUAAUCUUCAAUUAAAAUCUGAAAAUGCACUUCAGCCCUGUAGUGACUAUCCAAUGAUGUAAAUUAGACAGCUUGGGCGGAGCAUCCGUUAACUCCUCCCCUUCAACUCUCAGUCUGUUCCCAGUUCCAUUUCAAAAUGCAACAGCUGUUUUUAUACAUCCAAUCAAUUCGCAUUGAAAAUCAUAAACCAUGCCCAGUAUUUUUUCUCAUUCUAAAUUUCAUUUCACUCGGAAAUGCGUCAGAAUACGGAAGUAAAUGAUCGCAACUUCCAGUUCAUGGGGACUUUAAAGUGAAUCGUAGUGGUUUACUUAUUGUAUUGAGUAAACCCAACUGUGUAUUUAUGGAUCUCUUUUUGUGCACUGAACAAGACAUACAUGUUUAUAACAAUAUGAGUGUGAGUAAACAAUGGCAGAAUUUUUAUUUUUGCCUGAACUUAAUUUCUCACCAUGGGGUGUGUUGUAUUAUAGUGGAUAAAUGUGUGGGUCCACAUGGCUUUACAAACCCGUGCGGUACACUUCUGUAUCAAUGGACUGAGGCUAACUGUGCGUAUGUUUGCGUCUGCUGGUGCGCCCACCGUACGAGUGAAGAUUCAGAGCUGCUGGUGUGUGGCUUCCAUGUGAGUGUUUAAUUGUGUGAGUGUGCUGGUUGUUUAGAUAGGCUGGGUCACUGAGGCCAGCUGCCAUCUCUGCUUGUUUUUCUGGUUUACUGAAAAAGAAAGGAAGGAAUAGAGAGAGUGAGAGCUUAGGCAAGUCCAUACGCAAGCGCAAACUUGAUGCCCUCAGAUCAUGUUUGCAUAGAGAAAGUGGAUUUAAACGGUUGGAGAGAGAGACAGGCAGUCUCAUAUAGAGGGAGACUGUUGGAGAAAUAGUCAUUCCGUGUGAAAGAGGCUGCUUGGGACAGAGACACAGUCUUUAAAGACAGCCUGGGAGAGAGGCAGUCUGAGAAACAGAAAGUUCAGAAAAGAAAAAGCAGGAGUGUGAGCCAGAGAGAGAGAGACAGUCUGAAACAGACAGACCCAGAGAAAGGGACCCAGAGUUGUUGAUUGUAGAAGCAGGGAGUCAAAGUCACUCUGCGAUCUGAUUCUGAGUAAUGAAUUAUUUUCCUUGGCUCGUGUCGCAGGAGCAUGCAGUACGUUUGGAGAUAUGAAAGUCACCCAGCGGGUUUCUAGUGAAGGAGCCCCAACACAUUCCGAGAUUUCUCCAGAAGCUUUCUCAUCCGAAGGACCCUCAUUUUUCCUCUCUUAUUACAUGUUUACCAAAUGGUGCCAGUCUUAAUCAGAUAAUUGAAGUCAACAGUUAGUAUCAGCCUGUUCCAUUACGCAUUCUUCUGCCCGCUCAAAAAUAUCAAUCUCUGCCAAAAUCUGUAACGCAAAAAUUGACUGUGGCAUUAUUGUCCUUAAAGAAUCUUUGGUUGUGUAAUUUGAGGAACAUGAGCCAAGAGGGAUUGUCUUUUUCAAGGUCUUAAAACUGCUUCUGCAAGUUUAGGCUUGAGAUGAAAUAGACAGCCAGUGUACACAAUGAAGAUAGUACAAGAUCUGACCAAGAUAUUGCACAACCAGUCAGUGACUUUGUUCAAAUGUCUAAAAGUGUACAGGGUACAGCAUCUGUACGGUGUUUUGAUUUGACUAGAUUAGAGUUUUUGUCCGAGUACAAGAUUGGUGUUGAUAUUGUAGCAAGGCCUAUUUGUAUGUAGUAUGCUGGAACUUUCUGGAGGGUCAGUUCCUCGAACCAAAGGUUGCAAAUGCUAUAACACCAUUUACUGUAUGAAAUUUAGAAUAAAAUGACAUUCAUUCAGUGUUGGCUGAUUAUAGUCUUUACAUGUUUUCGAAACCCAUUUCUAGAACUAGAAAAUACUCUGAAGAGUUUUUGAAUGGUUCAGUUUUUGAAUGGUUCAUUUUUUUUGAAUGGUUCAUACUGUGUGAGUCUACAAUAAAAUCCAGAAGAGCAGCAAAUGAAGCUAAAGAAUUUCUAACACUAUACACUCACUAUGUGUGUGUGCUUGUUGAAAAAUAAAACUUGAUAUUAUUUGUGCUUUACAGUGAUCCUCGCAUAUAUUUUGUAUUAUUAUUCUAUUACAUGAUAUUCUCACUUUGUUUACUCAAUAAAGAAUUAUCACAACGAUUUACGGAGUGGAAAGUAUCAUUU